UCAAUAUUGCUGUAGUGCAAUGAAACAACCAUUAGCGAAAAAGUCAGCCCAUAUUGAGGAUGUGGAUGUGUCUGCCAAACGUACGAACGUGCCGGCUGAACUACAGCAAAAAGCCAAUGCCUUCCUAAAUUCCAGCAAUGUCGAUACAAAAGUUCUGCGCGAAAUUGUUUAUCUCUUGGAAGAACCUGAGUGCAAUGCCAUUGGGGUAAUGCACGUGCUUGAGGUUAUCUUUAAGAAUCUUCUCAAGCGCAAAUGCAUUUCGGCCGCCGAAAAGCAACAGGAAAAGACAAAGUCCAAGGGAAAGGCUAACCAGUCCAAUGCCAAAUGUCAAACACUCUAUAACAAAGCGUGGUCCUUCCUGCUGGUUAGAUUGGGCAGCGCCUCUAAGGAGGAAUCUAGUGUUGCGCUCAAAGUAUGCAUGCAGCUUAUAUUAAGCGAAUCAAAGUAUAUUUACUCCAAUGCCUGGCCCAGGGAACGCCUGCGCAGUGUGCUAGAGACGCUGGUCAACUCGGAGACAACGCCACCAACGGCUGUGGCGGCAUUCCAGAAAUAUGCCCGUUGCCUGGACGUGCUACAGAUGACAUAUGAACUGUUGCCGGAACUGGCACCAAACAUUUUUGCGGACUCACCAAAUAUGGCACUCAACUAUUUGGCUAUUAUCAAUUUGCUUGACUUGGGAAAGACUGUGCUGAAUGCCAAGGAGUAUCACAUUGGGCCAGGCACUGACAAACAACCGAACUUUGAAUACAACCAAACACGCAAACAUUUGAAUGCGGUUUGGAAGGGCAUAAUUGCAUCGUGUAGUGGCGUGGAUGAGAAGGUACAUCGACAGGUGCUUGUUGUGCUGUUGGAACGUAUACUACCGCAUUUACAGGAUCCCAUAUUGUUAACAGAUUUUCUGAUGGAUUCACUUCAUCAGUUUGAUGGACCUAUUGCCCUGCUUGCUCUCCAAGGAAUCUUUACGCUGAUGCAACAGCAGAAUAUUACGUAUCCAGAUGUCUAUCAGAAGCUCUAUAAUAUGUUCUAUCCACGAAUGUUCUACAACAAGUACAAAGCUCGCCUCUUUUAUUUGGCCGAUAUAUUUUUAACCUCAACGCACUUGCCGGAAAAUCUGGUGGCCGCUUUUGUUAAACGUUUGGCCAGACUCGCACUGAAAAGUCCAACAGAGGAUGCUAUUAUAAUGAUACGCUUCAUAUGCAAUCUACUGCUGCGGCACACAGGCUUGCAGCGUCUCAUUUGUGCAACAGGUGCCGCAAGCGCUGUGGAGAUAUCCGAUCCCUACGAUGAAACGGAACUGGAUCCGGUCAAAGCAGGCGCCCUAAAAAGCUCCCUCUGGGAGAUGUCAUUGUUGCAGAAGCACGCGGUGCCCGAAGUGGCCAAUGCUGCACGUUUCGUAUCCAAAAGUUUGCCCGUAGUUGAAUUUGAUCUAUCUGCGCUGCUGGAAAUGAAGGAAUGUGACAUAUUUGACGAUGAGGUGAAAAAGGAAGUGAAUCACUUUACGCUGGGCUACGAGCGGCCAACAAAUUUUGCUCUGCCACAAAAUGAUAUUGUUACCAAAUACUGGGAUAUAAUUUAGAGUAUAACAAAAUAUAUAUAAUUAAAUUAA